AUGUCUCUCACAUCACCAAAAGAAAUUUGGGAUUAUUUGAAGAAAGAAUAUGUUGCAGAUGAGAGAAUACGAGGGAUGCAAGUAUUAAAUUUGAUAAGGGAGUUUGAGUUGCAGAGAAAGAAAGAAUUUGAGACUAUCAAAGAGUACACGGACAUAUUGCUUGGCAUUGUUAACAAGGAACAGGAGCAAAGGAGGCUUAUGAGGCAAAAUGGUAUGGUUGAAGGAGCCUUAGCAGCCAGCCACAAAACUCAAAACAGGGGUAAAAAUUUGAAAAAUUACCUACCUUGCCAGCAUUGUGGAAAAAUGGGACAUCCACCAUUCAGAUGUUGGAAGAGGCCAGACGCAAAGUGCAACAAGUGUAAUGAACUUGGUCAUGAAGCAGUGAUUUGCAAAAAUGAAUCUCAGAAACAUGAGGCAGAUGCACGUGUAGUCGAUGAAGAAGAAAAAGACCAUCUUUUUGUUGCAAUGUGUAUAUCAAGUAAGGUUUCAAUAAAUUCUUGGUUGAUUGAUAGCGGUUACACUAACCAUAUGACUUAUGACAAGAGUUUGUUCAAAGAGUUAAAACCCACUGAAAUAUCUAAAGUUAGGAUCGGAAAUGGUGACCAGAUUCUUAUUGAAGGAAAAGGAACUGUUGUCAUUAAAACAAGUUCAGGUAAUAAGACAAUUUUAGAUGUUCUUUAUGUACCUAAUAUUGAUCAGAACUUGUUGAGUAUUUGUCAGUUGGUAGAAAAAAGAUUCAAAGUAUCCUUUGAGGAUAAGCAUUGUUUCAUCAAUGAUGUUACUGGAAAAGAAAUUUUAAAAAUUAAGAUGAGAGGUAAGAAUUUCUCAUUUGAUCCACUGGAAGAUGUUCCUGUAGAACAAGGAAAGGAUCAAAGGUCUAAAAAAUUGGAAGAUGAUACUCCAAUUGAAAAAGCAGAAGCAAAAAGUGAACCUAGGCUUAAAAAAGCUUGCAAUGUUCCAAAAAGAAUUAAAGCAAUGGAGGAGUUGUCAAUGUUUUAG